AGGGUAAUCGUUGUUAGACUGCUCAAAGGAGGUGUCGAUGACAACUGAGGAUCGAUGCACAGUGAUCGGUAGAAGAAUAUCCUUGGAAAUAUGGAUCAAAACGCGGAAUAUGUUGAUUGUCCCUACCCUGAAAAGAGUUCUGUUUCAUUACGUCCAAACAGUCUUGAUCUUCGAAGUAGAGAGAACGCACUUUCUAGCGAUGAAGCGGAGACAAGGCACAGUUGGCCGUCGGGCUGCAAAGACCCAGCAGCAGCCAAGUUAAAAAGACAAUGCAGGGUUGAAAACAAACCAGAUUUGAAGCUCAAACUCGAAAGCAAAGAAAGAAUGAGACAGGAGACGAAACUUGUGAUUCUAGAAUUCCUUAGCAGUCUACCACCAGAACCAGAAAGAAUUAAUGCAAGAUAUCGGAGAGAAAACAGAGGACCAACAAAUGUCUCCAAAGCGAAGACAAUUCACUCGAGCGAACGACCGUUUCUCGAUGUUAUCGAGAAGAGGAAAAGACUUCCUGUUAUUCGUCGUAACAGUGAGGAAUAUGACCAGAAAGUGAGGGAAAAACUUGCGAAGAUGGCUAAACCUUUAAGAAAGAGGCUCACUCCUGAAGUUCGUAGUGAUAUAGAAAGCUUUGACAAAGCAAAGCUGAAAAAGGAAACCAAUGGUCGAAAAACAAUGCGAGAUUUACCCCAUUUAAGAUUUGCUGCACAGGCAUCAGCCAAGCUUCUUGAUUCACCAAUUACCACAGUGACAACAAGACUGGAUGAGAUGGGUCAGGACAUUAUGAAGGACUAUCCCCAGCUACUUGAUGAGCAUCUGUCAGAACUAUUAACACCACUGGAAAUAGAAAAUAAAUUAACAUAUGAGGAAUUUUCUGUGGUAGCAAAAACAGUAUUUGAAAAACAGCUAGCUAGAUUUACUGGGUCAAUAUGGACCAAAGUAGCCAUGGUGUUUUAUCUUGUAAAGGAGGUUUUGUAUUCUGGAAAUUUAACUGAUAUUCAAGUUGAAUUACUUGUUGAUUAUGCAACUAGGUUCAUUACAGAAACUUCAUCAGAAAAAAUAAAAAAGGAAGGCGGAUGGGUUGCACUGAAAGAGAAUGAUGGAUUUAUUGACCAGAACAUAUUAAUGCAUGAUAUUUACAAUCCUCUUGGGGCAAAGGAUGGUCAAGAUGCCCAAGAUGGUCCAUCUUCAUUGGUUGAGGAAGAGCCUGACACUGAAGAAGAGGAAACAUAUAUUGGAAUGUUAACAAACACUGUUAAGAGCUGGACUACUUAUAGUGCAGCCGCCAUGGCAGUUGGGAUUGGUUUUGCAUAUGCAUACCUAAAGCAACAAUGAAAUAACAGAGCUUGUUAUAUUCCAAAGAUCUUCAUUGUGCAUUCCAAAGAUUUCAGCUUCUGCCAGCGUUAAAUUAUAUCCCACUAUCAAUGUUCUCUGUAAUGAACAGUCCCAAAACAUCAUUUGGAACUCCACAAUUGGUCUUCUGAUUCGGUGCUAGAAAGAUUCAUUGACCUAGCAGAUAUGUCAAAUUAAGUUAAAAACUUUCACUCCAGUGGAUUCCCAAGUUAUUCAGAGAUUUUUGAGUCAACAGAUUGAACAAAUUCAAAAAAACUGCACUGUCUGCCACAUGAUAUCAACCACAUGCUCUUGAGCUUAUCAUCAUUCAUUUCUCUGAGAAAUUCAAAUCUUUUUUCAUGAUACCUUCUUUAGCAGCUUGAUACGUAUUACGUAGUCGACCAAUACAUUCCUUCAUUUCCUUUUAGUAAAGAUGUAAGAUAGUAUUUUAACUUAAGUCAAAAUAGGAACUAUUGAAUAUAUUACUGAUAUGAGCAGGGGCGGAUGCAGAAAGAAAUCUGACAUUCGCAAAGUUUCGACCACGCCUAUAUGACCACGCCCAAAAAAAUCAGUCACAUUUUACUAUAGUCUCAGAAUCGAAGUUUUCCACUUAAAGAUGUAUUUUUCCUUAUAUUAAGUUUUAGGAUUAGGAAACAGAAAAUGUUGAGGCUCAAAGGUUGAGAAAUUUAAGGAUAAAUAUUAAGAAUAACAGCCAGGUCUGGAUUUCAUUGACAAUUUGGCAUUUUACUUAUUGAGUGAACAAGAAAAGAGAUCUCUGGAAAAAUUUUGAGAAACACUCAUCAAGUUUUUGUUGUGUUGGCAUGUUUUGUUUCCUACAUGGCUUUUGUGAUGGAAAAACAGCAGCAAAGAUUUGAAAUGUCCUCUUAAUAAUGAUUUAAUGGCAAGUCUAGGCACAGAACCACAAAUUGUCAAGAACAAAGAGGAUGAGCUAAAAUAAGGGUAUAUUAGAUGUGUGUAUCACCCCUUCUCAGGGAGAAAAACUCAUGAAAAACAUUUUAUGUCACUCACUUAAAAAACAGCCAUUUAAAGAAAGGAAUCUUAGUUCUAUUUAUACAAUGAUAUUAUUUAACAAUCAAAUACUGUGUUUAGUGUAGAAAUUUUCAAUGCAAUAUCCACCCAAAUGUUUGACUUCAACACCAAGUACCUUAGGGGCUCAGAGCUUUUCUGUUAUUUAUUUUGUGCAUUCACCUUUCUAUCUAAACUGCUGUGUGAUGUGCCUUAAACAUGGCCAAAAAUACCAGUUAGGUCAAUACACAUCAUACAAUUUUAGUAUUUUCAGGUGUUGGUAAAACAGCAAAUGUAACAGAAUUUAAAACAAUUCAUUGUCUUUCAAUAACAAG